AUGGCUACCAAACAAAGCGCCUCGCGUGCCCCUGCAGGGCUAACAAAAGCAUACCUCUUCACCUAUAAUACCCUCAACCUACUCGCCUGGGGCAGCUGCGUCGUCUACGCCGCCUCCCUCCUGCCCAUCAAUGUCUCGACCCUGCACAAUGUUUUCAAGGAGACAUUCUCCCCGCUACUCUUGACGCAGUCGCUCGCCCUUCUCGAGGUCGUGCAUAGCGUGGUUGGGCUCGUGCGCGCGCCGUUCAUGACAACUGCUAUGCAGGUUGCCAGUCGGUUGUUGCUUGUUUGGGGGAUCAUGGCUCAAUUCGGUGGAGACAUUGUUGGAGCCAACACAGUACAGCUUGGGGAUUAUGCUUACCUUGGCUGUGUUGCUGCUUGGGGGAUUACGGAGGUUAUUCGCUAUGGCUUCUUUGCUAUCACUUUGUCUGGGGGGUCGGUGCCAAGCUGGUGGACUUGGUUGAGGUAUAACACUUUCUAUGUGCUCUACCCGAUUGGGAUUACCAGCGAGUGCACGCUUAUCGUUCAGGCGCUUGGCCCGGCUGGACAGUUGAACCCGCUCUUCCAGUAUGCGCUUAUUGCUAUCCUGGUUAUCUAUGUGCCUGGCUCUUACAUCCUUUAUACACACAUGAUUGCCCAGAGACGCAAGGUUCUCCGUGGCAAGAAGCGUGCUGAUUAG